UGGAGGCCGGACCUUGACCUGUCAGUCGGGGGCGCGGCCACAGAUGAGGAAGCUGAAGACCGAAGAGUUUGCGUUAAGCACAAGGCCUCCCAGCAAAUGGAUGGGAGAGCCAGGCCUUGGAUCCCAGAGACGGCCUUCCAGCCUUUGGCGCGGCGGAGGCACGGCUCCCUCUCCUUCACUUAGUCAUUCAGCUACCUCUCAGCCACUUCAAGUUUGUUUCAGCAAGUGUUUUCUUCUAUUUCCCAACACUCUUUCAAGCUUCCCUUGUCCUCCCCAGCAGGCAGACACCAAUUAAGCGCUUGCUGUAUGCCAGAGCCCUGGGCUGGGAUGCUGUGGGAGAGAAGGCGCAGCCCGGGAGUGCAUCGUCAGAAGGCGGCUCUGGAGGCCUCUGGGCUCCGUGUAUCCCUGGCUGUUGUGAAGUAUUGUCCCCCUCUGGUGUCGUCAGUCUUGAGAUAAAGAGUGUAGUGGAGCGAAGCCCUGAACGCCUUAUCUUUGUAGACUCUGUCAUACUUUUCAAAGCGUUUUCGAGCCCCCCUCACCCCUCCCUCAUUGAGCCCCUCCUGGGCGGUGAAGAGCAGGCCCUGCUUGCCAGAGCUCAGAAUUCUUCAUGUUCCAGGCCCGAGAGCCAUGGGAACAGAUGGGGAAUGCCAGUGCAGCUCCCCAGAGCCGCCGUGUGCCCCCCACUUGUUUUGGGCCGUCGUUCCCCUUCCCUAGCGACAAGUCCAGAGAAGAGGCAGGUGUUCGUGGAUUUCUCUCCCGGUCAUGGCUCUUGCCCCUCCUUCACCACAGUUUGUACUUCGAGGUUCGCAGUCAGCAGUAAAUACCCUGCAUUUCUCCUGCAGAAGCAAGGCCCACAGCCCCCCACUGCUGUUCUCUGGGUCACUCGGUGGACUGAUACAUGUCUGGAACCUGGAGACCCGAAGAGUAGACACCACCCUGGACGGCCACGCAGGGCAGUCUGUGUAUUGGGUGAAGACUCUGGAGGGUCAACACUUGCUCCUCAGCCAAGGACGAGACCUAAAGCUGUGUCUGUGGGACCUUGCAGAGGGCAGAAAUGCCCCAGUGGAUUCCCUGUCCCUGGACAGCGUAGGCUUCUGUAAAGGAUCCGUCCUCACUGAAGGGACCCAGGGAUGCUGGCUCCUGGCAGUGCCUGGGAAGGACAUGGAUGAGGUUCAGGUUUUGGACAUGCCGUCCAAGACGUCAGUCUGUACCUUGAAGCCAGAGGCCGGUGCCAAAGUGGGCAUGCCCAUGUGCCUGGAGCUGUGGAAGCCUGCCUCCAGCUCGGGCCCGCUCCUCCUCGCUGGAUACGAGGACGGCUCGGUCAUCCUGUGGGACGUCUCUGAGAGGAGCGUGCUGAGCCGGCUUGCUUGCCACGAGGAGCCAGUCAUGAGCCUUGACUUUGACUCAGGAAGGGCCAGGGGGGUGUCGGGCUCCUCGGAGAAGGUGCUGUGUGUCUGGAGCCUGGAUGAGCAGCAGAAUCUAAAGGUUUGCAGAACUCAGGAGCUCACCAAUCCUGGGAUAGCGGACGUCGCCAUCCGGCCAGAUGGGAAGAUCCUGGCGACGGCGGGCUGGGAUCAUCGCAUUAGGCUCUUUGGCUGGAAGCAGCUGAAGCCUCUGGCAGUUUUGGACUACCACAGCGCAGCUGUUCACUGUGUGGCCUUCUCUGAUCCUGGGCGGCCGGGCGAGCAGCUGCUGGCUGGUGGCUCUAAGGACCAGCGCAUCAGUGUCUGGUCAGUGUAUAACCAGACCUGAGAGGAGCCCCUCGUGGGACCUUCCUUAGUCAGCGGCUGAACAGGGGCCCCCAGGAGCAGCGAUGGACGGGGGCUGGACUGGGCUUGGCAGUGGUUUGUAUGAAUUCAGCCUGGACACACUUACCUUUUCUCUUUAUAAAAUACUUUAGGUCCGGGGGAGGUCCCAUAAGACACUCAGCCUGGCGGAGAAAGAUCUCUUUCCAACUCUGUCUCAUUUCCAAGAUACAUAAGAAACUGAUUGAAAUUUCUAAGAAUAAGAGUCAUUCCCCAAUAGAUAAAAUGGUCAAAGGACGUGAAUAGGCAGUUUCCUAAGUAAGAAACUAAGCUAUCAAUAGCCAUAUGAAAGACAUGCUCCAGGUUAUGAAUAAUUAGAGAAUUGUCAAUUAAAACAACAGCAAGGUUCCAUUUCACACCCAUCCGAUUGGCAAAGUUGACAAAGAAAGUAAAAUAAUAAAUGCUGUUAAGGAGAUGCAUUAAUAUCCCACUAUUGGAGUUGUGAAUUGGUUCUCCCAUUCUGGAAAGCAAUUUGAAACUACAUCCAGAAGGUUACUAAAUGAUGAAUUUCAUCGACCGGCGAUAACCACUACUAAGCCUAUACUCUAGAGGGAUCAGAAAUGGAUCCAAAUGUACAGGAAUAUUUGUAGCAGCUCUCUUUCUGGCAGCAAAGAAUUGGAAACUGAGGUACAGGUGCUCAUCAGCUGGGGAAUGGCUGAACAAGUUGUGAUAUGUGAAUGUGUUGGAAUGCUGUUGUUCUAUAAGAAAAGAGAAAGGGCCUCCCCCGUAGAUAAAGAGUCCCGGGCAGUACCCAUUUAGCAAGUUUGUUUUUUUUUAGGGAUGUGAUCUUGUCUAAGAUUCCAUGAAAGAUACAAGAGGUUCUGUUAGGGACAAAACUCUCCCGCCAUGUUGAGGCAAUAAAUUAACUCAGUGAA